AUGAUCAAUGGGGGACUGAACAUACUUAGCUCGGCCGUUGAGGUGAGCAACAUGGAGGCGAUGGUCUACCGCUUGAAAGCAAAGAAAGCGGAAAAUGAUCUUGCUCGCUUGCAGAACGAGGCCUUGGAACGAGAGUCGAAGCUUGUCAGGGAUCACGCCACGGCCAUCCGUCGAGCGGAGAGAAGAGAUCGGAGGGAGGUUAGCUCUGUGAUGAGCCAGCGAGCGUCUGAGUUUGAGGCUGAGCUUGGCAAUCUCAGCGAGGCUUAUUCCUUGGUGGGUGAUUUCCGCGAGUGUUGCGCUUCAGUUAGUACCUUGUGGAAGACGCGGUUGGGCAAAUUUAAUUUUAAGGAUGAGGUGGCGACCAUGGAGGGCGGUAGGAAAGAUUACGCCCAUGCUGAGGCGUUGGUCUCCCCGAUCGAGGGGAGGCUUCAGGGGUUCUGGGACCCCAUCCCGGUCUCGCCCGAUACGAAGGAGGCUUUGACCGAGGUUCUUGGGGAGGAUGAAGAGGUGAACUGUCCAGCGAGCGCGUUUGAAGUUUCUCUGUCCGGAAACGUUAGUAUUUAG